AAAAAGGCCCGCCAUGGCAACCAAAAAGCAGGAGUUCGAUCGGACGACACUUCUGGCCAGCCCCGGGGGCGACCAUGUCACCAAAACCGUUGUCGACUUCGCAAAGACAGCGCUUCCCGAGCUCGCGCCAGGCUACGCCGCCGUUCUCGACAACGUGUUCACGGCCCAGGAAUGCGCAAGUCUCCUCUCCGCGGCCGAGAAGGUAGGAUCUUGGGAGCGAGCGAUGGUCAACGUGGGUGGGGGCCGUCAACAGAUGAUGACGGACGUCAGGAACUGCGCCCGUAUUAUCUGGGACGAUGAAGACCUAGUCGGCAGAAUCUGGGCUCGAUGUGAACCUCACGUGCAAGAGGUGAUGCGACUGGAGAAUAUGCCACACGUGACGGGAGAGUGGUCUGUACAGAAGAAAGAAGUCUGGAAGAUGACGAGGCUGAACGAGAGAAUGAGGUUUUUGAAAUAUGUAGGGGGAGAGUAUUUCAAGAGACACUGUGACGGCAUCUACGAGACCCCAGACCGCAAGGAGAGAUCCUACUUUACGCUACACCUGUAUCUCAACGACGAGACAUCUACUGAAAUCGAACCGCUGUUGAAAGGGGGCGCGACAAGGUUCCAUUCGUUCCGCAGGUCUUGCUACAUGGACAUCCAGCCUAAGACAGGCCGAGUGCUUAUCUUCCAGCAUCGCAAUUUGCCUCAUUCUGGGGAAGACGUCGUCGCUGGUACCAAGUAUACUCUGCGUACCGACCUCAUGUACACAAAAUUAAGUUAA